AUGUUGGGCGUACUUUUUCGAGGAGUCUUUUUCUUGGGAGUUAUCGGUUGGUACAGCUCGAGCCUCUGGCGCAUGAUCGACGGCUAUUUCAAGGAUCAGUUUCAGCGAUAUCUCGAGGAGGAGUAUCGUAGAAAUCCGAAGAUGCGCGACAACGUAGCAAUCAACAAUGCGAUUCCGGCGGCGGCCGAUAAGUUGGAAAAUCCGCCGCCUAUCGAUACCGAUGAUGCGCGACUCGUGGCUGAAUCGCUCCAGGACACGUGCAGCAGCAGCAGCAGCAGUGACGGCGAUAAGUGUCAAGCUGAUACAGUAGAGCCUCGUCGCGAAAGUCGGUCGGCGUUGGCAGGUGAGCUAGUAGCUGUAGCGGAGAACGAGGUCGCGAGGCCAGUCGAGCAAUCGGAAUUCCUGCGCGAGGAGGAGGACCGAGGUGGAAGUGGCAAUAGCGGCGCUGGACACGACGACGACGACGAUGUUACGACGACUGCCGCUACAACUACAGCUGAGCCGUUGCCGCUCGAUCGGAUCGACGAGCAAACAUUCUCCAGCCGUGCCGCCGACGCCGUCGUCGAUGAUGAUAACAUUGAAGAAAUCAACAUCGAAGUAUCGAGUGGAAGAGUCGCAAUCGAAGAGCCGAAGCCGCAAGAAGAAAAAGCUACGAAAUCAGCAGCAGCAGUAGUAUCCAAGACCGCUGCUCGUAAAAGGCGAAAAUCGAGCGCUCGAAGCCCGACGAACAUAGGCGCCAAGCCGGCAAAAACAUCGAAAGUCGGCAAAAAAAGAAAAAUCAAGCUGCUCUCGCUGACGGACGAGGAUUUCGAGAGGGCGCGGGAACAACGACGUCGCAAGUACAAGAGGUUCAACGAGCAAGAGGAGGAGGAGGACGAGGACUUUAGCGAGUUCGACGACAGCUACUGGGACGACGAUCACCGCGAGCAGGAAGAACAGACGGGAGUCCUGGUAUCGGAUUUACCGUUCAAGCCGGCGAUUGACAUUUACGACUUGGAACGAUUGCCGGAGGAUGAGUUUUGCCCGCUCACCUUGGAGGACGAUCCGACUUGCGAGGAGACGCGCUCCUGGCCGUAG